UCUCUCUACCCAUCUCAAAGGAAAUAAAAUUCCUCGCCAACAUCAGUGCCUAGUUCAUUUUCAGUGAUAAACACGUGUCGACGACCUGGCUCUUCGCCAAAGAGGAGUAGCUUGUGUCGCCUUGCUUUCGUUUUCAACCGUAAAAAUAUGCUUCAAUGUGUUGAAUUACAACCGAUUCUGAAGACUUGGGAAGAUUCGUUCAUAACAUUGAAAAACUCGAGGGUGUCUUGAACUUGUUCCUGAUUUUCGAGAAAAACAAAACCCAUCAUGCCCAUAGAUUUGGACAUGCUUCUACAUGCAACCGGAUCCCCUCUAUUUUCUUGUACUCCGUUUGGGAACGAACGUUAUUCCUUAGCUAGUGCUUAUGGUGAUAGCGAUUAUAAUGCCAAAUGGAGACCUCGUCGAUUUGGAAUUAUUCAUGACAGGCCUGUUUUUCCCUCUUACAAACUAGAAGCAGACUUAAAAUCUGAAAAUAAGGAAAACUCUGCUCCAGGAGAAACACCGCCAUUGCCUGACGGAAUUCGCAAAAAGAAAGUCAGCUUUGCUGAUGACAAAGGUUUGGAAUUAGUAGAAGUAAGAGAAAUUCCAGGUACACAAAAAUGGAACGAUGAAGUUCUUACAUGGUUGGUCGAUGGUUCCCAAAAAUUAUCAGGCAACCAGAAAUCAUGGAAGGUGGCUUUUGAUCAUCCUCCCCGGAAAGAUUCUGAAUUUCUCGAACUUGUGGAGGCCAAUAAUAUCGUAUUGGAAUCGAUUAAUGUUGAAAAUACUUGUAACAGUGUACUGAAUGGGACGAUUAAAGUAAAGAAUUUGUCUUACGAAAAGAAUGUCUUCGUUCGAAUAACAUUCGAUAGAUGGAUGUCUCAUGUUGAUGUGAAAGCAGGCUACGUAAAGCCAACAACAAAAGUCUCUGCAAAAGCGGAUUUGGGCAAAUAUGAUAAUUUUUCUUUCUCUGCUAAAAUAGAGCCUUCAGCUAUAAAGUAUGGAGUGAUAGAAUUUUGUGUAUGCCUUGAGUGUGAUGGCAAUCAGUAUUGGGAUAACAAUGGAGGAAUAAAUUAUCGAUUAGUUGCAGAUUCAACAAAAGAAAAUGCAGGAAAGGUUAAUGAUUCUGAAAAGUUCUCCGAUGAAAAAAUUACGCUGUCUCUAACCGAUAACAUCGAAAAUUUUUCUGAAAUCGAUGCUUGGAGCAAUCUGAUGUAUAACCAGCCCUACUGGUGAUAAGAAUACCUGAAAAAUAAUUUUCCAUCCAAAAGAUUUCGAAUUAUGAUUCGAAGUGCUGUUUUUUUGCUCAAUAUUGCGAUUCUGGGACAAAACAUUGCUAAACUAGGAUAUAGCAAUUAUAUGUUUACUGUUUACAUUUAAAAAUGAAGAUGGUAUUGUGCUUGUUUUCCAUUAUUUCAUAUCGUACCUAUCAAAAACUUAUGUUUAAGCAUUUAUUAGAAUAAAAUACUUUUCUGACGUUGAUAUUAGUAUGCAUAGACUUGGCAUGGACAAUUAAACACCGAAGAAAUACUAGAUAAUUUAUUAUGGAAUUAGAAAAAAAUUAAAUGGUAAAUGCUUAUCGGUAUUUCCAUAAAAUGUUUUAAUGCAUUAUUUUGAUACAAUGCAUAUUUUGCUGAGACUAUAUUUACUAAUAAUCUGUAGAUUUCAUGUGAUGCUCUUGAAAAGAACAAAUUUUUUCUGUAAGUAAAUAAUAUUUUAAGUUUUACAUUCACAAUUGGGAAACUGAGUUUUCAAAUAUUUGUCUUUUCUAUUAUAGUUUGUAUUAAUGUGGAUGGCUGUGUAUAGUAUUAUUUUAAUAUUCUAUUUAGCAUAUGUAAAAGUGUAGAUAUGUUUGUAUUCCUUUUUUAAAUAAAAGUUUUUUCUUGUU